AUGCCUUAGAUAAACACAUAACUAUUGUUCCAGGCCAGCCCGCUGCAUGAUGAGCAACGCUCCGGACGUCUACCAACCAUGUAACUGAACCAAUAGCGUUCGAGGAAGCGCCCUCGGCUUCCCCCCUCCACCAAAGAGGAUGUGCUGACCUUGAGGCUCGCUCCUGCUGCCCCUACCGCUCCCCCCACCCGUAUGCCGGCCACGGCGAUGUUCUCCAAAUUCAAGAGCAGCAGCGCCAGCAGUGCCCAAGUGCCCAUUGAGACGAAUCCCAUUGGACAAUUCUUCGAAAUCGGCAAGCAAGUAGCAAGUGCCGGUCCAGAGCUUGUGUGGAGGAUACACGAUGCUUACAGGAAAAGCGAUGGAAGGGAAUGUUCAGUUUUCAUAUUCGAGAAACGUUGCGCUGAGAAACUUCACAAGCCGAAGCGGAAAGAAACGGUGACGGAAAUUCUAAGGGGAAGCGUCAAGCAGCUGGAAAGAUUCAGACACCCCAAGAUACUACAUGUGCUUCAUUCUAUCGAAGAAUGUGCUGAAACUUUGGCCUUCGCUACUGAAGCGGUUUUUGCGAGUCUGGCCAAUAUCCUAGCUUUCCAAGAAGCCCAAGCGCAUGCGCAGAUGAAUCCUGGACAGCCUGGUCAACAAACCGGUCAACAAACUGCUAGACAGCUACCCCCAACGGCGUUUCCUAGAGAAUACAACUUUCUCGACAUGGAGUACAAAUACGGCAUCUUGCAAAUUACUGAGGCGUUGUCGUUUCUUCACUACUCCGGGCACGUGUUGCAUAGGAACGUGUGUCCCGCAAGCGUCUUAGUUACAAAAAGGGGAACAUGGAAACUUGCAGGUCUCGAAUUCACAGAACAUGUCAACGAUGUGGACGGUGUCGAACCGAUCCCAUGUCAGCCCUGGACAUCGAGGCUUUCCAAAAUGGUUCAACCUAAUCUAGACUAUAUGGCUCCUGAAACGCAAACACAGUCGGUAUGCAGCCUACUCAGCGACAUGUUCUCCUUGGGAAUGGUUAUAUGCGCCAUCUUCAAUAAAGGCAAACCUCUGAUUCAAGCUAACAAUUCUAGCUCGGCGUAUGUCAAACAACUCGAACUGGUAAGUAGAAUUAUUUGA